AUGACACUGGUGCACCCUGUCCGUCGGGUAGCAGUCAUUGGGGCUGGGCCAGCUGGUCUUGCGUCCGUCAAGUAUCUGCUGGCAGAAAAAUACUUUGAAGUAAUAGACGUGUUUGAACAGAGAAGCUCGGUUGGUGGCGCCUGGAACUACAGCCCUAGCUCCAAAGCUGGAAUAUCAACAUCGGUUCCGCAUCUCAAUCCGCAUGAACCGGCCGAAAAGCCAACAUGGAUGAACCAACCCGGAGCGGAUCCAGAGGCCGUCUUUGUUUCUCCACUCUAUGACAGACUCGAAACCAACAUUCCCAAGGACCUCAUGAGAUACUCGGAUAAAGCUUUUCCGCCAGACGCGCAGCUUUUUCCUAAACACCAGACGGUUAAACAAUAUCUGGAAGAAUAUGCUGAAGAAACAAAAAAUCUUAUACACUUUGAGAGUCAAGUUGUUGAUGUGAGACUCAAUGAUCCCAGUAUUAGCACAUGGGACUUGGUGACGGCCAAUCUACACACUGGUGCUGAAACCACUCGCACAUAUGACGCAAUCGUGGUGGCUAGUGGUCAUUUCACCGUCCCAUAUCUUCCGGAGAUUCGAGGCAUCGAGGCUUGGGAUAAGUCAUACCCAGGGACAAUCUCACACUCCAAGUUCUAUGACACCCCCGAAGCGUUUCGAGAUAAGAAGGUCGUCGUGGUUGGAAGCUCGGCCUCGGGCCUCGAUAUCGGUUCUCAGAUCAGCGAGGUCAGCAAGGGCAGCAUAGUGGUCUCUCAGCGCGCAGAAUCGUACUUGGCAGCAUCUGCCCCUGGAGACAAGAUUAUUUGCCCCGAGAUUAUUGAAUUUCUUUCCCCGUCUACUCACGACAGAGCCAUCAAGUUUGCAGAUGGCCGGGUGGAAGACCAAAUCGAUGCCAUCGUCUUUUGCACAGGUUAUUUUUACUCGUAUCCAUUCUUGUCGUCCCUCAGUCCUCCUGUUGUCACCGAUGGCUGGCGAACCAAGGAUGUCUACCAGCAACUCUUUUACAUAGACCAUCCUACGAUGGUAUUCCCGGUACUUUCACAGAGGGUCAUUCCAUUCCCGAUGGCCGAGAACCAGGCAGCUGUUUUCGCUCGAGUCUGGUCGUCGCGGCUACAGCUUCCGUCGAGAGCGGAGAUGCAUGCAUCGGAAGAGUCGGAACUAGCAAACAGAGGCGACGGUCGAGGAUUCCAUAUACUGCCUUUUCCCAUGGAUGCCGACUAUCUGAACUCGCUCUACGACUGGGCUACCAAAUCCAAGCAACGCUCGGGGCUCGACCGCGGCGGUCAAGGAAAGAUUGGGACGUAUUGGGGCGAGCGGGAGAGGUGGAUGCGCUCCAAAUUCCCUGAAAUUCGAAGAGCAUUUGUUCAAAGGGGAGAUCGUCGACGCGAAAUCAAAACCUUGGCAGAGGUCGGAUUCGACUUUUACCAGUGGAAGCAAGAGCAGGAGCAGAAUGCCAGGUUAUAG